CUGAGACCUUUUGUUCUCGAAAGAGCACCGUCGUCACUGUCGUGCUUCACUCUUUUGCUCGAGCUGAACAGUGCAUCAGUGAGACUUGGGUUGAUACUGUUGCUGUUGCUGUUGCUGUUGCUGUGGUAACCAUUGGAAGUCCUUCAGUGUCUUGGAUUGUUAUUAUAGAUCCGCCUAGACUAAUCUCUCUGUCUUGGAUAGUGAGAGAGAGAGGAAAGCAUCUUUGGUUCUCACAUCCCAGUCCAGCUACCCAAGGUUACCACCCGAGGUAUAUACCCAUAUCCAUCGGUAUCUACACAGUCAAGCCAAGCCAAGUCAAGCCAAGUCAAGCCAAGCCAAGCCAAGCCAAGCCAAGAGCGUGAGAUAAUUGUAUCGAUUAUUCAAGUUAAUUGAGGUUAUUACUAAAGUUAAGGAUGACCGUCAGAUCCGAUCAGACUCCUUCGGUCUCGUGGGAACCUUUACCGACAUUUUCCAAGAGUUUUCAACCGCGCAAAGAUGCCACUGCAGUAUCCCUGCAAUAUGGAAAGUUUUUGGUGUUGGGAGGUCAGACGGUCCAAAAAAAGAGCCGACAGGACGAUCAAGAAGCGACUUAUAAUGGCACCACCAAAACUCAGUUAUUAGAAUGGAACAUGCGUCGAACUCUACCGUGGCCAUCUCUGCAAGACGCUCGCUUUGGAGCUGCCGCCGUCAAUUACAAUGACGAAAGUCUUUGGGUAUUUGGAGGUGCCAAUGACGAAGGUCGUGUUUUAGGUAGUGUCGAAGGAUUUUCCUUGCAGUCGCACCACAAUCCACAAUGGACAUGGACGUUGGCGCCACAGCCGUUACCGACGCCCCGUGUUUAUGCGGCAGCCGUGGCAGUCCCCACGGAACAUGCCGUACUGAUCGUGGGUGGUCGCAAUAACAGUUGGCAAGAAUUGAAUACCAUGGAAUGGGGACAAUUAUUAUUCGACACGGACGAACAAGUUGACGUGGUGACCAUCUCCUGGACGACACUGAACAACCUCAACUCGUUACUGCCAGGACCCCGCAUGGGAUGUGCCGCUGUCAUGCUCAAUGAAACCAGUCUGGUGGUCAUGGGUGGAUACGACGGACGAUCCUGGCAAAAAACGUGUCACAUGUACGAAUUCUCCAUGGGACACGUCGUAGAAGGUAUUUGGAAAGAUUUGCCCGAUAUGAUUGAAACGGUACGAUUUCCCAAGGCGGUUCGAUAUUACAAAUACCUGCUCGUGGUGGGAGAAAAGGAAGAAUCGCCUCUGGCACCGACUUCGACUACUAUUAUUCAAUGCUACGAUUCCGAUCAACGACAAUGGGUCUGGAGUAAAACAUGUGCCGAAUGUCCGUCACCGGUCGAUGUCAUUUCUUUGCACGGCAAUCAUUUGUACGCCUUUGGUGCCGCCAAUGCGGUGGCCGGUGUCACGACGGACAAGGAAAUGAAAAAAUCCGCAUCGAUAUUUACUUGUGGAUUAUCCACGUUGGAUCCCCGCAUGGUCCGUGCCAGUCUUCCUUCCGUCACGGCCAUUGCUCCCGCCGCGGCUGACGACGAUGCUCCCACCAUUGUGGCCAUGGAAGCCGUGUUGGUCCCGGAAGACGAAUCAUCGUCCUUCAAACCACCCGCCAAAGCCGCCGCGGCACGCCGCGGUACCAUUAUCGCCGAACCCACCGAAGUAUCCAUCAAAUUACGACACGUGGUCAAAAUCAAACUCAGUGAACGAUCCUAUUACACGGGACAAUUGCGACGAAAAGAUGGCACGUACGUGCCGCAUGGACAAGGAUUGCUAGUGUGGGUCGAAGAAGACAAAGACGAUCUCGACGCUUUGCGUCAAAGUACCAAUAGUGUCAAUAAUCCACCACCGAGUUCCUAUUACAAGGGACAAUUUCUAAAUGGAUUCCGGCACGGACUCGGUGAAAUGUAUUUGCAAGUCGAAGACAAACACUACUUUGGUGCGUUCGAGUACGGAUCCUGGGAAGGCAUGGGAUCGCUCAAAAUUCGCAGUCGUGGAUUUUCCUUUUUUGGACAAUUUGCCACGGGUGAAAUGACAGGCAAUGGAAGAUGUAGUUAUCGCGUGCGAGUUGGUGAUUUGUGGAAACAAAAAACGUACAGUGGUGGAUUCAGUCGAGGACUGGCCCAUGGCAAGGGUGUUAUUGCCGAUUAUUUGACGGGACGCAUCGAAGAAGACCGAGAAUUUAAGGAAGAGGAUUUGUUUGGAUUGGGUGCCUUGGCGGGGACUCCCUCCAUAAUGGGCAGUGGAACACCGACACCACAACAGCAGCAGCAGCAGCAACAACAACAAGGAAGCAACAAUGUGGAUGUAUAG